GCGCAGCCAGUGCCCGCGCGUCUCUCGCGAUCGUCGGACCGCGCGUACGUAAAACGGGGAGGUUCUCGUCGUCGCGUGGAUGUUCGCACGCGGUUUCCGGAGCCGGCCGUGACAAUUCGCGUGACUCAGUGCCGCAAGUAAACUCGACCGUUAUUUCCGGAUAGAUACAGCGAGAAGUGCGAGGGGACCUGGCGAUAGUCAUAAGAUGUUUCGAUUCGUUCGACAAUCGAACCAGCCGGCUGCCGCGAUCUCGAGAAUCUUCAGAUGGUGACGGUGAUCGAGUGGCGUUCGAAACUUCGCGACAGUUCGUCGUACGAAUGAUAUAGCGUCUUCAGUGUUCUCUGAUACCGAGAGUGGAUUUUGGUCCCGGAAGGAAGGUUGUGCUUCGAUAUCUCGUCGGUCGCAGCAUCCCGUAGUUUCGUGGCUUUUUGAAGGGUGAAGAGUAAUCGGUCGGUCAAUAUUCCGUCGCGGAUCUCCGAGCUGUCACAGGCAAGGCGCGAGGUCUCCGCGAGUCUACCUCCCUUCGAGAAUGUAAUGACGCGGACGAUGAUAACGUGAUUCAAACGGCGCGAGUUUUAUAGUCGCUGCAGUGAAAAGAGAAUAAGUGGCGAUAAAAUCGGGGCGGACAAUAAAGCGACUGAAGAUAUGCAGGCAAGAUCAAGAUGACUCUAUGAAGAAAGUGCGGAGGUGAUGGGACGCGUCGGAGAUUAAAGGAGACGCAUCGAGAUGUUGAGGGCGUCGCAACGAUCCUGAAUUGGAUCGAGCAGGUGCAGGAAGUACCUUGUCCCCCAGCGCGAGGAUCGCCUAUGGCAAUCAUGUUGUGCAGGACGAGUCUCGUGAGGUGCAUCGAUACCUUCUACGUCGCGUAGAUGAACAUCGAGACCACGCGAAGGAUGACGGCCGUCUAAGAAUCCUCUCCGAUGUGCGACCAGCGUUUUUGAGGAUGUGCAGUUUGGUGUUAAAGUGCCGGUGAACGGAGCGACCUACUCGCGUACUUAUGAUUCCCUUCCCUUUCCAUUAUCGCGCUUCAUCUCACGGCGAGCCCGCGCUAACGAUGCCAUAGUCGCCCAAGUGCGAACUGAUUUCACGACGGACACAAUGGCACUGUUGUUCGCCAUAAUCGUUAUUUCAAUCACCACUGCCAUGUCGCUGCCGCCGGUCAUUAGAAUCGGAGCGAUCUUUACCGAGGAUCAAAAGGAUAGCCCGUCGGAAUUAGCGUUUAAGUACGCCAUUUACAAGAUCAACAAGGAUAAGACUCUCUUAGCGAACACGACGUUGGUUUACGACAUUCAAUAUGUGCCUAAAGACGAUUCGUUUCACACGUCUAAAAAAGGUAGGAAAAUAUUCAACUUAUUAUAAAUUCGUGUGUGU